AUGCCGGAGCUCCGCGGGGGAGGUUUAAGUGUUUGCAGAGGUCAAGUCAAAGUGGCGGACCUCGUUCCUAUGAGUCUAAGGGGUGACAAAGGGAAUACGUAUAAAAGUGUCCUUAAUCCCGGGGCGGGUAAUCCCGGGGGCGCGGGGUCCGGGAUCGCCCGGGAUCGUAAAUUAAACGGCACGUCGCGGUCCCGUAAUUGGCAAUCUCUCGUGGUUUUACAUGUGAGCCUCGACGAUGUCCCGAUCCUGCCCUUCUCGUGUUCACAACUGGUUGUCGUGGGUGUCUCGGGGUAUCGAUUGAAAAUAGACAGGGACAGCAUCACAGGGAUAUCAAUAGGAGGGAAAGAGAGGGAGGAGCAGCUUCCAAGAACAAGAUAG